GCCUCCCUCCCUUCUCUUUAUAUCUCUUCUUUUCCUUCCCAUUCAUUCUUACAUCUAUCUCUCUCUCUCUCAUUAACCUUUCUUUUAUUCACUCUCUUUUCCUUCUUCUAAUUAUUUCUCUCAAUAUGCCUCCUAUCUUGCCGGAUUUCUCUACCUCCGUUAAGCUCAAGUAUGUCAAACUUGGCUACCAGUAUCUCGUCAACCACAUUUUAACUCUCACUCUCAUCCCUGUUAUGCUUGCCAUUUUCCUUGAGGUUCUUCGUAUGGGUCCUGACGAAAUUCUCAAUCUCUGGAAAUCUCUCCAUUUUGAUCUCAUCCAAAUCCUCUGUUCUUCUUUUUUCAUCAUCUUCGUUGCUACUGUCUACUUCAUGUCCAAACCCAGAACCAUUUUCCUCGUUGAUUACGCCUGCUUCAAACCCCCUGUUACUUGCAGAGUCCCUUUCUCUACUUUCAUGGAACACUCCCGUUUGAUUCUUAAAGACAACCCCAAGAGCGUUGAGUUUCAGAUGAGGAUUCUUGAGCGUUCUGGUCUUGGAGAGGAGACUUGUUUGCCUCCUGCUAUUCAUUACAUCCCUCCUAAACCAACCAUGGAAGCUGCUAGAGGUGAAGCAGAGCUUGUCAUUUUCUCUGCUAUGGAUGCUCUGUUUCAGAAAACAGGGCUGAAGCCCAAAGAUAUAGAUAUUUUGAUCGUGAAUUGCAGUUUGUUUUCGCCUACUCCGUCUCUCUCGGCUAUGGUGAUUAAUAAAUACAAGCUUCGGAGUAAUAUCAAGAGCUUUAACUUGUCGGGGAUGGGUUGCAGUGCAGGGCUGAUCUCCAUUGAUUUAGCUCGUGAUUUGCUUCAAGUUCAUCCUAAUUCAAACGCCGUGGUGGUUAGUACUGAAAUUAUUACACCUAAUUAUUACCAAGGAAACGAGCGAGCCAUGCUCCUCCCUAACUGCCUUUUCCGUAUGGGCGGUGCCGCGAUUCUACUCUCGAACCGCCGGUCCGAACGUCGUCGAGCCAAAUACCGAUUGGUUCACGUCGUACGAACUCACAAAGGAGCCGACGACAAAGCGUACCGUUGCGUAUUCGAGGAACAAGACAAAGAAGGUAAAGUCGGGAUUUCACUUUCUAAAGAUCUCAUGGCUAUAGCCGGAGAAGCUUUGAAAUCCAACAUUACAACCAUCGGACCACUCGUUCUUCCAGCGUCGGAGCAGCUGCUUUUCCUUUUAACUCUAAUCGGCCGGAAAAUCUUCAACCCCAAAUGGAAGCCGUACAUCCCAGAUUUCAAACAAGCGUUUGAGCAUUUCUGUAUCCACGCCGGUGGACGGGCGGUGAUCGAUGAACUUCAGAAGAACCUACAGCUAUCGACAGAGCACGUGGAAGCUUCUAGAAUGACACUUCACCGGUGGGGAAAUACGUCGUCGUCUUCACUUUGGUACGAAUUAGCUUACAUUGAAGCUAAAGGAAGAAUGAGAAAAGGAGAUCGGAUUUGGCAAAUUGCAUUCGGGAGUGGGUUUAAAUGCAACAGUGCUGUUUGGAAAUGCAACAAAACAAUCAAAACUCCGGUCGAUGGGCCAUGGGCUGAUUGCAUCGACAGGUAUCCCGUUCACAUUCCUGAAGUAGUCAAACUCUAAGAAAAUUCCACAAAUUCAAAAACAAAAAUUUGAAAUAACACCCAAAAAGAACAAAAAGAUUUAAUAAAAACAAAAAAAAAAAAACAAAAGAAAAAUAUGGACUUUGGGGUUUUAGCAUAAUCAUCUGCCAAAUUUGCUUCCUUUGUGAUGUAUUUAUCUAUAUGAAAACUCUCUCAUUUGUCUAUGGGUUGUGACACCAUAUAUUUCCACUUGUUCUUUCUUUC